AUGGCUAAGAUCAAGUCCAUCGAGUACUUCCGAGUUAAGCCCCGCUGGCUGUUUGUCAAGGUCACCGAUGAAGAAGGCAAUUUUGGUUGGGGCGAGGGGACUCUCGAGGGGCACUCGCUGGCCGUCGAGGGAGCACUGGACGAGAUCAUCACGCGAAUCGUUGGGUUUGAAGCCGACGACAUUGAGCACGUUUGGCAAUUCAUCUGGCGACUCGGAUUCUACCGAGGAGGUCCGGUCUUCAUGUCCGCCAUCUCUGGAAUUGAUAUUGCCCUUUGGGAUUUGAAGGGCCGCAAAUUGGGAGUUCCAGUGUACCAGCUGCUAGGCGGCAAGGUGCGCGACAAGGUGCAGGUUUACUGCUGGAUCGGUGGUGACCGGCCAAGUGAUGUUGAGGCCAUGGCUAAGGUCCGGAUUGCGCAAGGUCUCAAGUGUGUCAAGAUGAAUGCUACCGAGGAUCUCAACUGGCUAGACUCUCCCGCCGCCCUUCAAUCCUGCGUCGACCGUCUCAAACAAGUCAAGGCAUUGGGUCUGGAUGCUGGUCUUGACUUCCACGGUCGUCUACAUCGACCUAUGGCCAAGCAGCUGGCCAAGGCAUUGGAACCAUAUCAGCCUCUCUUCAUUGAAGAACCCCUUCUGUGUGAGCACCCCGAGGCCAUCAAGCAGCUCUCAAAUAGCACCACCAUCCCAAUUGCAUUUGGCGAGCGCCUCUACACAAGGUGGGAUGUCAAGCGCUUUUUGGAAGAUAGCUCGGUGGAUGUACUCCAGCCUGAUAUUGCACACGCUGGUGGUAUUUCCGAGACGAAGCGCAUUGCCACAAUGGCCGAGGCCUACGAUGUGGCGAUUGCGCCGCACUGCCCUCUAGGCCCCAUUGCCCUUGCGGCAUCGAUGCAAAUCGCUUUGACUACCCCCAAUUUUGUAAUUCAGGAGAUGUCUCUGGGUAUGCACUAUAAUCUGGAGGCCGGUGAUAUCGACUUGAACAGCUACCUGGUUGAUAAAUCGGUGUUUGAUAUCAACGAGGGAUAUGUGGCUGCCCUUACCAAACCGGGUCUGGGCAUUGAGAUUGACGAGGACUUGGUGCGCAAGAUUAGCCUGGAGACGGAACCGUGGCAGCCGAAAGAGUUCUUUGGACCGGAUGGGUCUAUUCGGGAGUGGUAG